AUGAAACUUGUGAAGCGUCUUUGUCUCCUGCUGAGCUGCUGGACUCUCAUGUACCUGCACCCCGUCCUCGGUUCCCUGAGCCGGAGCAGACCGACCGAGCCCCACCACCGGUACCGGCUGGGAGAGGCAGCGGAGAGCGCGACAGGCGGAGAGCAAGUCCCCGGGAGAACCGGCAGUUCCACCCUGACGCCCGGCAGACACCCGGUGCCCGGGGCGUGGAGACCGUCCCCGCUCGUUCCGGCGAGGAUCACGAGUAUCCGCGCGAGUCCGCCGUUAAUCCAGGCUGAGUUGACUGUUGUAAAAAGCUCCGGCACUGCGGUGACAUCCGCGUCCCUCCGCAGCGGGGCCGUGCCGGUGAACCGUGCACAGCUGCAGCACCGGGACCGGGACCGAGCAGGGAGCCUGGGGCGCAAAGACGCCGUGCGCUCCUGGCUGCCCGGAGGAGAUGCUCGCUCCAAAGCGCACGCGCCCGCGGCUCUGAGCGCGCAUGCAGCUGUGAAAGGAGUCAGGACUGUGGACGGAGGAGGUGGAGGCGUGAGCUCACCGGCUAGACAUGUUGGGAAGGUUGCUCCAAGAAGAGGAGCCGCUCCGGUGCGCACCGGGGAUCCACCGAGAGGAGCCUUUGUGCAGAAGCAGCCUCUGGGUCAGAAGGCGGCUCCGGUGGCGCAGCGAGGAUCCAGCUACAAAACCCUGAAAGUGAGCGACCGGGAGCCGCAUCCCAAGCAGCCGCUGGUGAUCCCUCACGACUACAUGCUGUCUCUGUACUGGUCCCUGUCCAGCGGAGACCUGAACAGCAGCGCUCUGCACGAGGCGGGUCUGGCCAACACCAUCACCAGCUUCGUGGAUAAAGGACAAGAUGAGCGCGGGCCCCAGCUGAGGCGGCAGAGGUAUCACUUCAACACCAGCUCCCUGGAACGAGACGGGCUCCUGGGGGCCGAGCUGCGCAUCCUGAGGAAGCGCCUGUCUGACCCCCGCAGGGCCUCGGUGGGAUCUGUGGACGGAGGCCGAGGAGGAGACGGGGGUGGAGGAGGCUCGUCCCCGUGCCUGAAGCUCUACACCUGCGCCUCAGGUAAACAGAAGGCUGCCGUGCUCCAGACUAAGACCACGGAGGACCUGCUCAGCGGCUUCGGCAGCAGAUGGGAAGUGUUUGACAUAUGGAAACUCUUCAAGGGCUUGAAACACCAGCAGCACCAGCACUCCCAGCAGCUGUGCUUUGAACUGGAGGCUCUGGAGCACAGAGGCGGCCGGCCCGUGGACCUGCGCACGCUCGGGUUCGCACGGCUCGGCCGGACCAACAAGGAAAAGGCUUUCUUCUUGGCGUUUGGCAAAAGCAAGAAGCGUGACCUUUUUUACAACGAGAUCAAAGCCCGGUCCGGCCACGACAACAAGACCGUCUACGAGUACCUGUUCACGCAGAGACGGAUGCGGCGGGCCCCUGCUGCCAGGGGGGGGGCCAAGAAGCCUCUGCAGCCGCCGCAGUCCCUCCCCCAACACCAGGUGGUGAAGGCGAGGCCGCGCUGCAACCGGAAACACCUCCACGUGAACUUCAAGGAGAUGGGCUGGGACGACUGGAUCAUCGCUCCGCUGGAGUACAACGCGUACCACUGUGACGGCGCCUGCGACUUCCCCAUCCGCUCGCACCUGGAGCCGACCAACCACGCCAUCAUACAGACGCUCAUCAACUCCAUGGACCCCGAGGCGGCGCCGCCCACCUGCUGCGUGCCCACGCGACUCACCCCCAUCAGCAUCCUCUACAUCGACUCGUCCAACAACGUGGUGUACAAGCAGUACGAGGACAUGGUGGUGGAGGCCUGUGGCUGCAGGUAGCAGAGAAGGGCGAGAGAGGACGAGAGAGAAAGACACUUCCUGCCCUUCACUUUAAGAAACGACGGGACUGUUAACGCCGAGGGAGAGAGUUGUUAUUUCAACUGACGGUGACAGAACUCACUGCUCAGCAACAGACUCUAUCUUUCACUCUCAAGUGGUCUGUCCGGCUGCAUACCGAAGACUGUGGGACACUGAGACUAAACAGGGAGAGACACACAUGGAGGUGUUGCUCUUUAACGCAACACUCACAGAAACAUGUGUUGUGUUGUUGUUGAACAGGAUGUGUCCGAGAGACCGAACAGAGCAGACGGCUGUUCUCAUCUUUAUCGCCCGCUCUAUCGUAUUCUUUAUUCCUCUUCAGAUUUGUAUCUUCGACUGAUCUCGGUGUAAAAAGUUUAUUUGUAAUAGAAAUGCUAUCGACACAUAUUUGACUUAUACUCACAAAUGCCCUUUUCCAGCACUUACCUGCCGAUGUGCCUUCGGCCUUUCACACGAGGAGUCGUCCGAGACUUUUCCAACAAAGCAUGUGAAGAAUGUCUGACGUGUAAAUAAAGUGAUGAAGUGCUGAUCUGACCUGAUACAAAUGUGGGAAAGUUGCAUAAAAUGCUCUCCAGAAAAACAGAGACAGAAAUGUCUAAUUGACUGAGCUCCAACUCCUCUAUCAGUCUGAACCUGCGUGGACGGAAACAUCUGAGGAAUUUAUCGUUUUCAGAUGCCAAGUGACGAAAGAAUGUUUGGUUUGGAACGUCAGCGUUUCAUUGGUUUAACCAGCAGCUGCCGAGUUAGCUGAAGAACAUUAGUUCACACGUAUGGAAGAAGUUUGUCUGUUAAUAAAUUUCAUCCUUAGAUUUAA